AUGAAGAACUCGCUCUACGAUCGCCUUUGGCGCCGGGAAUGUGGGGAACAGCUGCGGUAUGCUGGGCUUCGGGGAAUUUAUGGAUCCAAGGAAUGGGUCAAUGAUCUCGACAUCGUGAAUGAACUCGGUGGGCAUACCGGAUGUGUCAAUGCCCUCAGUUGGUCGAGGUCAGGGCGUCUUUUGGCGUCAGGCUCUGAUGAUAGACACCUCAAUAUCUACUCCUACCAACCCGACUCCUCCGAUGCUCCAUUCGCGCUCAACACCACCGUUUUCACCGGCCACAAAGCCAACAUCUUUUCCGUCAAGUUUAUGCCACACUCAAAUGAUGGGACUCUGGUUACAUGUGCCGGCGACUCGCAGGUUCGUGUUUUCGAUAUCGAAUACUCAACUGAGAGCAGAAACGAUGCCGCAACCUCCGCAUUUGCGGCCUCCACUCGGAGCCGGCGCUUCAAUGAGUUCUUCAGUGAAACGCGGUACCUGAGUGACGGCAAUACCAACGCUAGAUUGUAUCGAAGCCAUACCGAUAGCGUAAAGCGCAUCGUCACCGAAUCGUCACCUUUCCUCUUUCUCACUUGUUCUGAGGAUGGUGACGUCCGCCAGUGGGACCUGCGGCUACCAUCUAGUGCAUACCCUCCGCCACGUGGUCAGGGCUUCAUGGCAUACCGACAAGGGUUGGAAAAUGAUGACUCCAAUGUUCCACCCCCUCUAAUCUCCUACAAGCCAUACAGAUUGGACCUCAAUACCAUCUCCUGCUCGCCAAGUCAGCCGCAUUAUAUUGCUUUGGGUGGUGCGCACCUCCACUGCUUUUUGCAUGAUAGACGGAUGCUUGGCCAGGACACCUCCGCUGCAAGGGGCAGAGCUACAUCAAGCGCUGCCAGUCUCAGUGAUGACGAGGAGAUGAGCAAGGCGACGCGAUGCGUGCGAAGAUUUGCACCGGGCGGCAAGCACCAUAUGAAAUUUGAGGAUGGACACAUCACGGCUUGUAAAAUCAGCGAUGCGAACCCCAAUGAGAUGGUUGUUAGCUGGUCUGGAGAUCACAUCUACAGUUUUGAUUUACUCCGCAGCCCAGAUGCCCGAGAGACAGAGGUGGGCAAUAAAUCGACCCUCAAGGGCAAGAGUGGACAUGCUCACCGCAGUUCACGGAGCCGGAAGCGCAAGAAGCCCGCAACACCUUCAUCGCAAGAAAGUGAUGGCCGACAUCAGUCCCAUCGUCGCUCAGCAGAGCCAGAUACUUUUAGGAUCCAAUAUCAGAAUGGCGAGGCAGAGGAUGUUCCAUUCCCCACAUUCUCAGAUAGUGUCCUAGGCACCGACCCCGAGAAUUUGCUCGAGCAGGCUCGAUAUUCUGUGCUGAAUGAUGCCCAGCGAUUGAGCAUGCAGAUCGCAAAAGGGUUAGUACAACUUCGGAAGGCUCUGUUCUCAGAAACGACAGUCAGGGAGGCCGCAGUGUCUACCGACAUGGGACCCGAAUCGUACUCGAGAUAUUUUUCAUCAGCUUUGGAAAUUGCGUCUACGUUUCUCCCACAAAUGGGUGAUGUCAUGCGUGAAUGGAGCUAUCCCGUGAACCCAUCACGGGAGACUGUUAAUUUCCAGCAAUCACUUCGUCGCAAUCGCCAAUCGUCAUGGAGAUUUGUCCAAGCUGCUGGUACACUUGCUCAUGCGUUGGCAGAUCAAACACAAGUUCUGGAAGAAUCAAGCUUCCAGAUGAUCAAGCCUGCGCCGGGUGAAGAUGACCCCAUUGACCCAGCAGCUCAGUUUGGCUAUGAAUUCCUCCGAGCAAUUCUUCUAUGGCUGCAGGGCGGAAGGCAACGUCUUCUAGAGGGAUUUCAACGCCGCAAUGCCCCUCGUCGAUUACAUUGCCGAUUUCCAAUCCCAGAUGAAUCCGAAGAGGAUGCCAUCGAAACUAUCCUAGUGCCCUAUAUCAUGGAAUUGGCGCGUGACACUCCGAUCGUGAAUGUGGAUGCUUCUAGAUUCGAGCAUGACAGUACGCGCAUUCUGUUCCAAACCCAACGGGCUGCCGUGACUGCAUUUGGGAAUGCUGUCAAAUUGCCCUUAGAAGAUCUCGGGAACUCAGCUGCUCGAUUCGACAGGCGCCGUGUUUCUAAUCCUGCCUCACAAAUUCGCUCUCUCGACCGUGCUUCUACAAAGAAGUUCUGGAUUUUGCGAGUAGGCAGAGGAAUCUUGAUGGAGGUAGGCAGUGAAGUAAAUUACAGAUUUGUCAACAACGCUUUCGGCGGACUUCACACCAGAAUGGAAGAGUCCGAGAGUGGCUCGGAUGAAGAGAGAGAGCAGGCUGAUAUCGAUCCCUAUGAGGAGGAAGAACGAAUACAGCACAUUGAACUCGUCAGGGCUAGUGGUUCUGUUUCCAGGCAGAAUGACCCUCGGCCUGAAAGCUCCCGAGGCGAUGAAAUCUCUUCGAACAAUAGCGAUGUUAAUACAGGCGAGGAUGAGAGCGAUGGGGCAGAAGAGUCAACCGACGAUGAAGAUCUUGAUGGCUGGCCCACGGAUUCAUCGAAUGAAGAUGGCGAGGGGUAUGAUCCCGAUGACGCUAUGGCCCGGAGAUAUGCCAUUCGAAAGGCGCGACAUGAAAAUGUCGAGCGCCAUGCUCCACGUGUACCUCAUAUGCGAAGCUAUCGCGGCCACUGCAAUGUCAAGACCGUGAAGGACGUCAACUUUUUCGGACUGGAUGAUGAGUACGUGGUCAGCGGCUGUGAUUCUGGUCACAUAUUUAUCUGGGACCGCAAGACGUCAAAUCUGGUCAACAUCCUAGAAGGUGAUAGUGAGGUUGUCAACGUUGUUCAAGGCCACCCCUAUGAACCAAUGAUCGCCGCUUCAGGAAUCGAUAACACCAUCAAAAUUUUUUCGCCAGACCAGCACGCUCAAGAUGAUGCCCGUAAUGGUGUGAACAUCCUCGACCCCGACAAUCCAUCGAACAAGUUUGGGCGAAACAACUCCAGGAUCGGCGGUCUAGAGAGCCGGAAGCGAGUUCAUGAAAGCUACCGCAUCAUGAGCCAAAACGAUGUUGAGCGUCGUGGUGGAAUAAGCGAGGCACAACUCACUCGGAGUAUGCUCGAGCGCCUGGCUGUUGACCUGAGGGGCCGACAUGGCGGCCUUGGGGUUGGAAUUGAUGAUAUUGCUGCUUCCGGUGAACAUCGGACCGUUAUCAUCGAUGAUAAUUGCUCGGUGAUGUAA